AAAAAGGGGCCAACCAGACAUCACGCGACCCUGCUUGGCCCCACAUUGCGGUCUUCACAAGUCCCCUUGGCAUGCUUGUUCCCCAGCGAGCCCAGAUCCUUCCAGGCAAGGCGCGGAACAUCCCAGCUCGAAACAGCCCACCGAUGAGAUGACUGCGUCGUGUAUUCUCUGGCAAAACGACCGCAAAACAGUGGUUUUGUUGGAUCUCCCGCGGUCAAUCGAAGAAGCGCAGGUCCCAUCCAGCGAACUGUCAGGCGCAGAUGGAGAAACCCCCAAAGAGCUGCGCAGGCUGAUCUCGGCGCCACCGCCGGCAUGUCCAUUCCCGACACCGGAACCACGGGCGGGCGGACGCGGACAGCCGGCGUCGUCCCCCUCAGCACAAGUAGCUGAGCUGAUGACUCGGGCAGCGGUUGAAUCAGCCCUAGAGGAGAUCAACAGGUCAUAUGGCGGGCCCUGGAGCUUACCACGAAUAUCCGCUCCGCCCGCGAAACACCAAGUAAGCUCAAAUGCUCCUUCUUCACCACCGUCUCCCGCAAUAGCGGCGGAAACCUCUUCCACCACUCCGGACCCUUCCCUCUACUACCUCCCGCCCAAUUGCCACCCCGUCCUGGGCACAGUAUCCUCCCACACGACAGCCUUCCUCUCCCUCACAGCACCCCAGCAAUUCAACCUCAUUGUCCUGGACCCGCCCUGGCCGAACCGCUCCGCCAAACGCAAGCGCGCCGGCCCCGGCGCCUAUUCCCCGGCCUCAGACCUCACCUCCAUCCGGCGGUUGCUGAGCCAGAUCCCCGUGGCCUCGCGGCUUGCCCCGGGCGGACUUGUCGCCGUGUGGGUAACCAAUGCGGCGCGCUUCUGCGAGCUGUUGACGACGCCCCAGACUGGGGUGUUUGCGGAAUGGGAUGUCGAGCUGAUCGGGGAGUGGACUUGGCUAAAAGUUACUACGUCCGGUGAGCCCGUGGUCCCUGUUGAGUCUGGGUGGAGGAAGCCUUGGGAGCGGCUGCUUAUUGCCCGGAAGAGGGGUGAUGCUGGGGCCGGGGAGAGGGGCGGGGAGGGGAUGCGGAGGGGAGCGCUAGAGGGUAAGGUCGUUGUUGCGGUGCCAGACACACAUUCUCGGAAGCCCAAUCUGAGGUGUCUGUUCGAGGAAAUCCUGCCGGCGCCGUAUGAAGCGCUGGAAUUGUUUGCGAGGAAUCUGACAGCAGGGUGGUGGGCUUGGGGAGAUGAUGUCUUGCUGUUCCAGAGAAGGGAGUUCUGGGUUGAUCGGGGAGAGCAAGAAAGCUGUGAUAAGUUAUGACGCUGGGACG